CGGAAAAAAUGCCAAAAAGUGCAGGUUUAGAGCGAAAAGUGGAAACUAAAAACGAUAGGAUGCGAACAGAUUUGUAAUUUGAGGGAUAAAGAGUCAAAAAUCAAAGUUUUGUAUAAACGAAUCGAUUCACGGCUUCUCAUACUUAUCUUUGGAAAUUCAUACCUUUGCAUCAAAACAAAAUGAGAUUUACACAAAUACUCUAUGGAAUAUUUUUACUAAGUUUACCCGCCUGCAAGACACAAAACAGCGCGGAGAAUCUUGAGGAGAAGCGACCGCAUAUUAUAUUUAUUUUAGCAGAUGAUUUGGGCUUCAACGAUGUUGGCUUUCAUGGUUCAGCACAAAUUCCCACACCAAAUAUCGAUGCAUUAGCAUUUUCUGGACUCAUAUUGAAUAAUUAUUAUGUAAAUCCAAUAUGUACACCAUCCAGAUCGGCGUUGAUGACGGGAAAAUAUCCAAUACAUACCGGUAUGCAGCAUACGGUGCUGUAUGGUGCGGAACCGCGAGGUCUGCCAUUGACUGAGAAAAUUUUACCGCAGUACCUCAACGAACUGGGUUACUCCUCACACAUUGCCGGCAAGUGGCACUUGGGUCAUUACAAAAGUGUGUAUACGCCUUUACAGCGCGGCUUCAAGUCACACGUAGGCUUCUGGACGGGACAUCAUGAUUAUUUCGAUCAUACAGCAGUGGAGCAUGGCAUGUGGGGCUUGGAUAUGCGGAAAGGUAUGGAUAUCGGUUACGAUUUUCAUGGAAAAUACACCACCGACAUAGUUACGGAAGAGGCGGUACGUGUGAUUGCUGCGCAUAAUGCAACCGCCCAACCGCUCUUUCUUUACGUCGCUCACGCGGCGGUGCAUUCAGCCAAUCCAUAUAAUCCACUGCCAGCGCCGGAUGAAGCAGUUGCAAAGCUCGAUCAUAUCGAAGAGAUGGGAAGGCGACGAUUUGCGGCCAUGCUAACACAGUUGGAUAACUCGGUCGGAUUGAUCGUACAGGAACUGCAAAAACAUAAAAUGCUGGAAGACUCCAUAAUUGUCUUCAGCACAGAUAAUGGUGGUCCACCAGAGGGAUUCAAUCUUAAUCACGCCUCCAAUUGGCCACUUCGCGGCGUCAAGAACUCAGUGUGGGAGGGCGGUGUGCGUGGCGCAGCGUUGCUGUGGUCGCCACGUCUGCAGAAACGUCCACGUGUAGCCGAACAGCGCAUGCACAUCGUAGAUUGGUUGCCGACAUUGCUGAGCGCGGCGACUGGUGGGCAAACUGAGCAACUGCACAACGGCACUGCAACACUGGAUGGCAUUAGCAUUUGGAAUGCGCUUGCGCGUGAUGAGCCCUCGCCGCGUCGCACCAUCCUACACAAUAUCGAUGAUAUCUGGGGCAGUGCAGCGCUCACUAUGGGCGAUUGGAAGUUAGUGCUUGGCACUAAUUAUCCCUUAAUGUGGAAUGGUUGGUAUGGUCCGGCGGGUGAACGUAAUGCUAGUGCAUACAAUUUGAAGAUGUUACAACGUUGUCCGGUCGGUCAUGCUUUGGCCAGCUUAAAUAUGACACCCAGUGUGGCGGAGGUGAUACGAAUGCGCACGGCUGCAACAGUUAAGUGUGUGAUGGAGACACCGCCAAACAUAUGCGCUUAUAAGGAGAAGAAACCAUGCUUAUAUAAUGUGAGAGAUGAUCCCUGCGAAUACUAUAAUCAAGCUGAAAAAUAUCCAAAUAUACUGAGAACCCUUUUGGACCAACUGGAGCAUUUUAACGAGACUGCUGUACCUGCUUCCAACAAACCAGACGAUCCGCGUGGCGAUCCCCGUUUGCACAACUAUGUUUGGACAAACUUUGGCGACAUAGUGACAAGCGAGCUUGCCGGAGAGCUUAAAUGAGCUUUUUAAAAAAUGAAAACGUGAAAUAAAAAUAAAAAUCACAAUA